AUUCAUUUGAGAGCGUUGCUGUUUGAAGAUGAUUUCGCUCAUUAUAUUUGCCCUUUUGAGCAUCUUUGAACCAUCUUUUACGGAGGGAUGUGGUAUGCGUCCUGCUUUCGCCCGUGUGGUGAAUGGUGAAAAUGCCACGCCCCACUCCUGGCCAUGGCAGGUUUCUCUCCGUGUGAGAGGUGGACACAUCUGUGGUGGAUCCCUAAUCAGACCUGACUGGAUCGUCACAGCAGCACACUGUGUCUAUAGAAAUCCCAAUCCAAGUGGAUACACAGUUGUCGUGGGGGCACACAGGCGACGAGGAACCACACCUGUGCAGCAGACGUUUCAAGUUAUAACUCUCCACAAACACAGUGUCUUUACCAUGAGGAACUUGAAACAUGACGUUGCAGUUCUUCAGCUGGAUAAAAACGUACGGUUGAGUGACAAAGUGAAUACAGUUUGUCUCCCAAACAAAGCUGCAGAUUUAAAUUCCAAGUGUUACAUAACAGGUUGGGGACGCAUCAGUGGUAACGGACCAGCAGCAGACAUACUGCAGCAAGCCAAGCUCCCGCUUGCAUCGCAUGAGGCUUGCAAGAGAAAGUACGGUGGUACAAUUGACAGUCGAGCUCAUUUGUGCGCUGGAGAAGGUCGAAGUAGUGCUUCAGGGGGAUGCAAUGGCGACAGCGGUGGCCCGCUUGUUUGUGAGAUGGGAGGCAAGUGGUACCUACACGGUGCUGUCAGUUUUGGGACGCGAAGUUGUCCAACAACCCACUUUACAGUUUUUGCCAGAAUUACUACAUACAAGUCGUGGAUAUUGCAAAAGAUAGACUUGUUUCCAGGAGAGGGAAGCGGAGGACCCAACACCCCAAUGCCUCCUCAGACACCUCGUCCGCCCAGCUGCAAUGACAGAAUGGGUUCACGAAGAUGCUCCCUCGUCCGUAGAUACGGGUAUUGCCGAUACAACCAAUACAAGAAUAAAUACUGCCGCAAGACUUGCAGAUCUUGUUGAAAGAGAUCAGUUGUCUACAUUUAUUAAAGAAAGCAACACACGGACACUCAGACAGGGAUUCAACAUUCAACGAGUAGAUUAAAACUUUUGUCCUUUCAAGAAUAAAGAAGCUGCAAAGAAAAAAGAAAUGAGAAGUUUUUGCGUUUUAUGAUUUUCUUAGUCUGCAACAGAGUUCUUUCAUUUUACAAUACUGGGUUCUUGUUUACUGAGCUGACAUCAUUAUGCAAGUCGUGUUAUACAAAUAUUCCAAUUUCAGCUUACUUGAACAGCAACUUCUCUUCCUUCACUAAUAUUCAUAUAA